AUGGUUCUUACAGGCCAUUUUGUCGAUUCUAAUUGGCAUUUACAAAAGCGUGUUCUUAGCUUUAUUCACUUACCUCCUCCUCAUCGUGGGCUUGAGAUUGCCGACAAUCUUUAUAAGUGUUUGAAGGAUUGGUGCAUUGAGAAUAAGGUGUUUACUAUUUCGGUUGACAAUGCCUCAAAUAAUGACUCGACUGUUAGGAUCUUAAGUGAAACUUUUUCAAGGGUUAAGAAGUUGCCUUGUGGAGGAAAGAUGUUUCAUGUACGUUGUUGUGCACACAUCUUGAAUCUUAUGGUUAAAGAUGGACUUUCUAGAAUUGGCCAUAUCAUUGAGGAUAUACACGACUCUGUCACAUUUAUCAAUCAAAAUGAGUCAAGACUCAACUUGUUUUCUGAGAUUGUGCAACAAUUACAAUUGCCACAUAGAAAACUUAUUCUUGAAUGCAAGACAAGGUGGAACUCAACAUAUGAAAUGUUGUCCGCUGCAAUCAAAUUUAAAGAGGUAUUUCCAAUGUACAAAGAAAGAGAGCCACGCUACAUUAGUUGUCCCACAAAUGAAGAUUGGAUAAAUGUGGAAAAGGUAUGUGAGAUUUUAGAAGUUUUUUACUCUGCAACUAAUAUUAUCUCUGGUAGUGAGUAUCCAACUUCAAACCUAUUUCUUAAUGAAGUUUAUAGAAUCAAAGUUUUGUUGGACAAGAAGCUUCAAGAUCCUAACGAAUAUUAUUUUGUUCAUGACAUGGUUCGGUGCAUGAAACAAAAUUUUGAUAAGUAUUGGGGAGAGUGCAACUUGAUGAUGUUGAUUGGUGCUAUUUUAGACCCUAGGUGCAAAAUGAGGGUUAUUGAGUUUUGUUUUCCUAGGAUGUAUCCCGAACAGGAAGCUUGUGAAAAUAUAGACAAAGUUAAAAAAGCUUUAUAUGAAUUGUAUGGAGAAUAUGUGGAUGAAUAUUGUUCUAGUGGCGGUGAAGGAAAUUGUGAAACUGUUGUUGGUUUAAGUGGAAACAAUGUGAACAUUCAACCCUCAUCUUCCGGAUGGUCCGAGUUUGCUCAGUUUGUAAGAACAGUUGAAAAUAUACAACCACAAAAAUCAGAUUUAGAUAAUUAUCUUGAAGAGGGUUGUUACAUUUGUGAUGCUGGCCCAACACCGUUUGAUGCUUUACAAUGGUGGCGAUCAAAUUCGUUAAAAUAUCGUAUAUUAUCACGCAUGGCUCGAGAUAUACUUUCUAUUCCCAUCACCACUGUUGCAUCGGAAGCUACUUUUAGUGCGGGUAGUAGAGUUAUUGACACAUAUAGAGCAUCAUUGGCUCCCGAAACGGUUGAAGUCUUACUUUGUGGAGGAGAUUGGUGUCGAAGCCUCCAUGGUUUGAAAAGAAAGAACAAGUCAAAACACAUCCGAGAUUCAUCUACAUUUUCUCCUGCUUCUUCGUUGAUUUCUUCCGUUAUCCUCCUGCUCUUUAAGAUGGGAGACGAGAGCCGAAGCUACACGGUGGAUGAUGCACUUGCAAGCGUAGGAUUUGGGAAGUUCCAAAUGCUUGUGCUUGCGUAUGCAGGGAUGGGUUGGAUUUCAGAAGCCAUGGAAAUGAUGCUUCUUUCGUUUGUGGGACCCGCACUUCAGUCUGCAUGGAAUCUUUCCUCUCAUGAACAAAGCAUGAUUACUAGUGUUGUCUUUGCUGGCAUGUUGGUUGGAGCAUAUUCAUGGGGUGUUGUUGCAGAUAAACAUGGAAGGAGGAAAGGAUUUCUUUACUGCAAUGGUUACUUCUGUGGCUGUUGCCAAGAUAAACGGGAAAUCACUUCCUCCGGAAUCCUUGUUUCCGACAAUGAAAUCGAGUUGAAUGUCAAGUCAAUGGAAUCAGAAGGUGCACGCUUGCUCCCUCAGAGUAAUAAUAAUAAGCACACGGAUGAUGAAAAACCGGAAGUUAUCAAUCAUAGUAAAAGUAAUGUGUCAACAUUGGCAAUGUUGUUUUCACCGGAAUUGAUAAAGCCGACUUUGCUUUUAUGGGUGGUUUUCUUUGGGAAUGCUUUUUCUUAUUAUGGGCUUGUGCUUCUUACAACCGAGUUGCAUAAUGGUGCGAAUAAUUGUGGACCAAAUGGAUCACGAUCUCAAGGCUCGGAGGAGGUUAGCUACAAAGAUGUCUUCAUCACUAGUUUUGCAGAUAAUCUGGCUGAGUAGAUUUACCUUUAAUUUGGUUCAAGAGUUCCCGGGACUUAUUAUAUCAGCUUUUACAAUCGAUAAAUUGGGUCGAAAGCGCUCCAUGUCAACAAUGUUCUUCCUUUGUUGCAUUUUCUUGCUCCCAUUGACUUUCCAACAACCUCAAGCUCUCACAACGGUUCUUCUCUUUAUGGCUCGAAUAUGCAUCACAACAACCUUCACUGUGGUUUACAUUUUUGCCCCUGAGAUAUAUCCGACAUCAGUGAGAACAACGGGUGUUAGGGUGGGCAGCUCGGUGGGGCGAAUUGGCGGCAUGAUAUGUCCGCUGGUGGCGGUGGGUUUGAUACAUGGCUGCCAUCAAACCGCCGCCAUCCUCCUCUUUGAAUUUGUUAUUUUUUCUUCGGGUGUUUGUGUCAUGCUUUUCCCCUUUGAGACAAGCGGAAGAGAACUCACUGAUUCUACAGUUCCUGAAACUGCAACCACUUUAGAAGUGGGUUGACUCCUCAUGAUUGUUUGUAGUUUUUACUUUUUAGGAAAACACACACACACAUACAUACUAGCAACUUGUAAUCGAUUAUAUGAUAAUUGUAAUAUGUUUUGAAAUGGAGUAGAUUUGUAAUUUAUAUUCAUAUCUUGGCACUAUGUAUAAACAAUUCAAUUUGUUACAUUUUUAUUCAAAAAUGUUAAUAAGUCCUCUAUUUUUACUACAAA